AUGACAUCUACGAUACCUGGUAUCCAGCGGGAAAUCCUGGCCCAGUUCAUGCUUUCGUUGAAGCUGCUCGACCAGUUCCGCCACGUUGACCCGGCGGCGACCGGGUGGUCGAAUCAGAAGAGUCCUAAAGAACUCUUGAAAGCGCCACAAUCAAUCGAAGCUUCCAGGGCAAUGGUCCUUUGA